UUUGUACAUCAGUGAAAGAAGUGGCACUUGUCCCCACGUAUGGGAACGGCAUCCCGGUGUAUUUGGAUGCAAAGUCAGCCCACAGACUGACAGCUCGGUGCUCGAAAUGUCACGUCUUUGAGGAGGAAAAGCCUGUUUGAAUACGAUGGACGUCUGGACAGCUGGCUGAGCAGCAACGUCAGGGACUCCCGAGAGCGUUUCAAUUUGUCGCCAAAUUGGGUUACAGUCCUUGAUGGUCCUUCUUACUCGGAUGCAACCACACGCCCCUGCGAUGAUGUCGGUGGAUAUUGCUGCCCUCAGUGUCCGGGUUAGGUUAUAGUAAACGGUAAAUGUUAAUGUAUUAUAAUAAAGCUGUUUACGCUGUUUCGGGCGGAAGAGCAAGCUGGGACUGGAUACCUACAAGAUUAUGCGCGCAUAAUAAAUAACAUUAUUAUUGUUAUUAUUAUUUGUAUUAUUAUUAUUAUUUGUAUUAUUAUUAUUAUUAUUAUGGAGAGGGGGUGUCAGUCUAUUGAUAAAGGCAACAUGGAGCCGCAGUGGAUCUCUUCAUCGCAUUAUUUCAUCUCGUCCACUCGGGUCAGUGAUAGCCUACUGUAAUGCAGCAAUGCCUCCAUGCAAGCCUUCGUUGACAAUAUUUUCCACCUUAUUGGCACCGUGUGAUUGUUGCUGCCUUUCUUGAGGGAGUCGCGGACAUUUAAAACUCUCACCUUCGCUACAACACUAUCGAUUGAUGAUCCGAAACUAGCGUGCGUGCUGAGAAAGCAGCAGGAUAAUGAUCAAUGCUGGCAUCCCUUUAAUAUCUCUGGAGCGCAAGAGUUUCUUUUCCCACCGAGGACUCGUCUCCAUCACAAAUGUAGCCCAGCAGAGGCGACUUGACCAGGCCGCUGCACAGACACGGAGGCGGGUUUGUUGUGUUCAGACUCGGCUGGAUGCUGAACAUGGUGCCACUUUACAGCUCUGUAUUGAAUACCUGCUGCCCUGCCGUCAGCUUGUUUCUGUAAUUCCCCAGCUGUCUUAAAAUGGACGGGGCCUUUUUGGUAAAGGCUAUUCAGGGACUCUGAACCGGCUCAUGAGUGGCCAUGCAUGUAGGAUUUAGCCUGGACCGGCUUGUUGGGAUGUAGGGCGAAUAUCCGCGGGUAUUUCCAAACGCAAUAUAGAAGAGAAAACAGCUCAUAUUCAUGGGGAUGGCUGGCAGGGGAGAUGCGUCUACAGUGGGCUGGAUGAGAAAUAAUGAGGACCCCUGCUCAGAGGAUUUCACUCAGCUCAAACACUAUUGGCACCUUAAAUAGUCUGUUCCAGACUGAAAUUAAUCUGACAAUCAGUUGUGGUUUUUAUUAACUGUGGGAGUCUCUAUAGCUUUGUAGUCAAGACAUUAGUUCUCAAUGGGAUGAUAUUAAGUACAGAAGUGGAUAUGUAUUUAUUAGCUCAGGAGAUUCAAAACUAUAAAGGCAUCACGGGCCCAGAUUUUGCUUUUGUUAAAUUUGUGUGAACAGCAAUGUAGGGGUAAUUCAUAAUAAGUAUGUAACUGUUUUAUUAAUUGUAGGCAGAAAUUGAGAUCCCAGAGAGGGAAAUAAUGUCGGAUGGAUUUAAUUUCACAGUUCAUUCUCUGAUCAGGAACUCAUCAGACUGAAGUGAUCUUUACAAAAGAUUUCAUUAGACCUGCUGCUUCUUAGAUAAACCCAUAUUCAUGUCUCCUGUGACAGCCUGUGGCAGCUUUUUAAAAGACACAAUUGUGGAAACAAUCUAUUAGGUUUCCAGGGGUUACACUCAUUGAUUUGCUCUGCUCUUCUGCUCUGAUCUGAGAGUCAUUGUUUGACCUGAUGUACAUUGUCCCUGAAUGAACUUGCCUUUGGGAAUACAUGUUACUUACACACUGCGUAGCAACAGCACAGCAGACACCGGUGACAGGAUUUGGCACAGUUUCAACAGCGAGAUGUGGUGAUGGGGGAGAGCAGUUGCAGCUCUCUGAUCCUCUGAUCCCCUCUCCCCCCUGCUGGUGGUCGAGGACACCUCGUCUCAGUCAAUGGGCCCUGUAUGGAUUUUGUGCCUGAGUUGACAGAGGGCAGGCCGACAGCGUCAAACAGCAGUCAGGCUGCCAUGAACCCAUACGGCAGAGCGAGCAGCACAGCAGCCCCCCUGUCCUGCACCAGCUGUGGGGGCUGCUGCUCCCCGCCUCCCCCUUGCCUAAUCCCGCCUGGGCCCCCCUCCUCUACUACCUCCUCCUCCUCCAUGCCCCCGAAUAUGACCCCUCCGCCGCCGAUGUUUCCGGCUCCGGUUGUGCAGGUGGAGAACGGCAGCAGCUGGAACUCCUCCACCAUCUCUUCCUCCGGCUCCCCAGAUUCCCACCCUGGUCACCGCUGUGGGGCCAACAACCCCAACCCCUACUGGACGGCAGUGUUUGACUAUGAAGCCACAGCAGAUGAGGAGUUAACCCUGCGGCGUGGGGACCUUCUUGAGGUUCUCUCCAAAGACUCCAAAGUGUCUGGGGAUGAGGGUUGGUGGACAGGCAAGAUUCAGGACAAGGUGGGUAUCUUUCCAAGUAACUACGUCACGAGGGGGGACGCUGCCAGCUACCAGCAGCUGACCGCAGGAGGGCUGGUGGCAGGUGGGGUGGGUGAAUGCCCCUUGGAGAUAGACUUCUCAGAACUGCUCCUGGAGGAAGUGAUAGGAGCUGGAGGGUUUGGGAAAGUAUACAAAGGAGUGUGGCGGGGAGAGGAAGUAGCAGUAAAGGCUGCAAGGCAGGACCCUGAUGAGGAUAUCAGUGCCACAGCAGAGAGCGUGCGGCAGGAGGCCAGGCUGUUCUGGAUGCUCCGGCACCCCAACAUAAUCGCACUCCGUGGGGUCUGCCUGCGGGAGCCCAACCUGUGCCUGGUGAUGGAGUAUGCCAGAGGAGGGGCUCUGAACCGGGCCCUGGCUGGGAAGAAGGUUCCCCCGAGGGUUCUGGUGAACUGGGCGGUUCAGAUUGCCACGGGGAUGGACUACCUACACAACCAGGCAUUUGUACCUAUCAUCCACAGAGACCUUAAGUCCAGCAAUAUCCUCAUUCUGGAGCCGGUGGCGCGCGACGACCUGAGCGGGAAAACCUUGAAGAUCACAGACUUUGGUCUGGCCAGAGAGUGGCACCAGACCACCAAGAUGAGUGCAGCGGGGACCUACGCCUGGAUGGCCCCAGAAGUCAUCAAGCUCUCCCUCUUCUCCAAGAGCAGCGAUGUGUGGAGUUUCGGUGUGUUGCUCUGGGAGCUGCUGACCGGCGAGGUUCCUUACCGGGAGAUAGAUGCACUGGCGGUAGCUUACGGUGUUGCCAUGAACAAGCUGACACUUCCCAUCCCUUCAACCUGCCCUGAGCCUUUUGCUCAGCUGCUGGGAGAGUGCUGGAGCCCCAACCCCCACAGCAGGCCCUCGUUCACCAGCAUCCUGAGACGACUAUUGGCAAUCGAGCAGUCGGCCAUGUUCCAGAUGCCUCUGGAGUCCUUCCACUCCUUACAGGAAGACUGGAGGCUGGAGAUCCAGCAGAUGUUUGACGAGCUCAGGGCCAAAGAGAAGGAGCUGAGAUCUUGGGAGGAGGCGUUGGCUCGAGCAGCCGAGGAGCAGAGGGAGCAGGAGGAGCAGCUGAGGAGGAGAGAGCAGGAGCUGGCGGAGAGGGAGAUUGACAUCGUGGAGCGAGAGCUGAACAUCAUCAUCCACCAGAUGUACCAGGAGAAACCCAGCGUGAAGAAGAGGAAGGGCCACUUCAAGAAGAGCAGAUUACUGAAGCUGGGUCGAGACAGCAACUGUAUCAGUCUGCCCUCUGGCUUCGAGCAUAAGAUCACAGUGCAGGCGUCUCCCAGUGUGGACAAGAGGAAGACCCAGGGGAGCGAGAGCACCACCCCGCCUGCCAGCCCGGGGGUCAUACCCCGACUGAGAGCCAUUAGAUUGACACCGAGCGACGGCAGUAAGACGUGGGGACGCAGCGCUGUGUGUAAGAAGGAAGACCUGACGACAAGCAAGAAGAAAGGACGCACCUGGGGACCGAGCUCCACCCACCAGAGAGAGAGGGUCGGCGGGGAGGAAAAGCUGAAAUCACUGGGUGAGGGAUGUAAAGUUUGGUCAUCCAGUGCACCAAAUCUGGGCAAAUCCCCCAAACAUGCACCCAUGACUGCUGGCUUCUCCAGCCUGAAUGAAAUGGAGGAGUGCGGUGAGUUUGAGGAGUCACCAGGGUCCUUGCUGCCCUCAGAGACCAGCAGUAACGGGGCUGUGGAGGAUUCGGGGUCUCUGUGGGGUAGCCUGGGACCCAACAUGAUACCGGCUCUUGGGGUGUCUAAUACGGCCUCCUGUCAGGGUCCUGGAGGCCCGGGGGUGGGUGUGAGCUACCAGGACUCGCUCCGUCGCUGCAACCAGAGGAAGAAGAGUGACAUGUUGUUGUUGGGUUGUGCCUCUCUGCUCGCGUCUGUCGCCCUUGGACAAGACCUGCUGCAGCUGGGAAAACUGCAGGUGCUUCAGGACGAGCAGGACCUCAGAGAGGAGCAGCGUAAGAAGAAGGAGGGUCUCUUCCAGCGGACGGGACGUUUCCGUCGCAGCACCUCUCCACCCAGCCGAAACCUCUCCCUCUCCCUCUCCAGACAUCACGACUCCACGCUCCCCUGCAUGGACCCUUCUCCCUCUGUUACACUCCUCUCUUUGUCCUCUCUGUCUGACUGCAACUCCACCAAGUCCCUCCUCCCCUCCGACCCCGACGAAUACGCCCUGACCCCGAUGACGGGGGUCAAAAUACCUGCUGCGCCUCCGGCUCCUACCCUCAACCCGCUCUUAGACCUGCGGGCAGAGAGCUUCAAGAAGGAGCCCAACCAGUCGCUCACGCCGACCCACGUGUCUGCAGCCAUGGCCCUGAACAGAGGACACAGACGCACCCCUUCAGACGGGGCGAUACGACCCCGGGCCCAAACUCUGGGACACCACAGGACGCCGUCUGAUGGGAGCAUGCCCAUGCCUCCUCCGCCGGGGGUACCACACCUCAAAGCAAGCAAAGGUACACAGGACACUCUGGACAUCCCCCGACUCCCCGACCCCGCCACCCUCUUCCCAGUCCCUCAUCGGCGUAAAGCCCCCGCUCCACCGAUCCCUGACCCGGCUCCUCUCUGCCUCAUCAGCCCCCUGGAGAGACCCAAGACACUGGAGUUUGCCCCCCGGCCUCGGCCCACCCCGGCCAGGAUGAGACCCGACCCCUGGAAGCUGGGUUCUCUCUCUCGGACCCUGAGUUCGUCGCCGGGCAGCAGCUGUGACAGCCCGCUCGGUUCAGGUGACAGCACCGCCGGCGCCCCACGACCAAACCUGAUGGACAUGGACGUGGAGGGCCAGAGUUUGGACCACACUGUCCCUCUGUGUGGACAGCUGCAGCCUGCCACUCUGUGUGGACAACAAUACUCAUAGUGAAACACAGCAAGUGAACAUUUCCAAUUCUGAAUUUUUUUGCAUUCAAUCCUGUUCCAGGACAUUAGAGCAUGGGCUGAAUAAAGAACGCCUUCUGAUGUCUGAGCCGAGCAAAGUGCACUCACCGAAGAACGCAAAAACAACCCACUACUUGUCAUGAUUUAAGGCACUUACUGGAAGCCAUCGCUCUCUCGUUUGCCCUUUUAGUGUCCUAAUAAGGUGUGUGAACCCCGAACAGCAAGCCUUUCCCUGAUAGUGCUCUCUAACUUGCACGACACUGAGCGUCCUAGAGGUCUCAUAAAAAGCCUUGUGGUGUGCUCACCUACCUACUUUAACCCAAACACUACUUCUUUCCCUCCCUGGAAGCCAUCACUACCUGCUUCUUAGUGACCCACGACCAGGUUGCAUUUCCUUCAAGACUCACAACCUUCAAAAGCCAUUCAAGUACUUUAAAAAGCCACUUUUUGACUUUGCUAAUUGUUCAUUUCAACCCAUCUGCUUGUGCUUUUGCUUGUCUGUGUAGCCACCCACUUUCUGCUUGCAUCUUUCCUGCCUCCCACUCCCAAAGACCACACAAAUCUUUCAUCAUUCACUGUUUCACCUAAACAUUUGUUGUUUCAGGAGAAGUUUCCAAGAGAAAAAGAAGAGCUGGACUGUUUAGAACACUUUAGAGACUGUCCUUUUCCUGCGUUUGUUCUGCCGGUACACAAACAUCUCCCAUAAACUCCUCACGUGUCAUCUCUCUGCAUGGGGGUUAUCGUCCUCUCCCUUCCAACACUGAGACAGGAAAAAGCCUUUUUCUCACAGCACUGGUGGACUGGUGAUAUCUUCAGCCUUGUACAGUAAAAAAAAACAAAAAAAAAAACAGAGUUUAUUUUCUCAGUGCUUGCACCAUCCCUGCAGCAAACCUGUUAGCAAAAAUGUUUUUCUAUUGGUUUGGCAGACCAGGUGUGUUUCUCUAUGUGUGAAUGUGUAUAUAUUACUGUACGUGUGUGUGUGUGUGUGUGUGUGUGUGUGUGUGUGUGUGUGUGUGUGUGUGUGUGUGUGAAUGAACUAAAUGAAUUAAUUUUUUGGUGUGCUGGUGCUUCUUCAGUGCAUGUUAUUUUGUGUGUGAAUGGUCGGCUGUACGCUACACGCUGCACUUCUUCAAAAUAAGACUACACACGUUCUCAUCUGUUUGUCUUUUACACGUUUUUUUGGAUGAAAACAUUCCCCUCUAGCAGCCAGUAGCACUCUGUACGGAUCCCAUUCAUGCCACUAAAAAUGGACUCACACACACACACACACAGAAAAAAAGGAAACACUGAGGGAAACAAGCUACCUGAUUUCAACGUCAACCUCAUGUUCUUGUAGGACCGUUUUGAAUCUUCACAUUCUCUCCUCUGACCUGCUGUAUUCAACAUCAGUGGCACUUUAGGAGCCAUGUUGUGCAACUAGUUAGUCUCUCUGUGGACCAGUGGACUCGGCACAAGCUGCUCUAGUCACGGCUGACAAAUCAACUUUUAUCUCCGGAGUUGUUUUCGUACAGUGGACAGUUCGUCUUGGCUGCAGAUGGUAUUUACUUGACUGUGCAAAUUUCUCUAGGUGAGUGUGCGAGUGUGAAUAAGAGCGUGUGUGAGUGUGUGUUAUUAUUUGUAUGGGAUCGUGACAGUCCCGUUGGUAUAAGAGUGAGCCCAAACUCAUUCUCCUGAUGUGGUUAAGAACACUGAGUAUUUAUUAAAUUUAUUGUUAUUAUUGGAAAGGAUUAAUUAUUAUUACGAUGCUCUUCCUGGGAUAUCUGUAUAUAUUUGUUAAUAUAACAGGAAAAACCAAGGAAAACCAAGGAAACUGCUUACUGAAACGUCCAUGUUGUCUCCAGUCUCAACCUGUGACAUUUCUGGGUUCAGUGAGGAAAAAGUGUGAAUUGUGAUGAAUGAGAGAUGAAUAAUAAAAAAAAAAGAAAAAAAAAGAAA